GCAUGUCCGCGUAUGUCCGUGUAGUAUCACUCGCCAGCCGAACGAUUCCGCGAUUCCACGCGGAGGCGUCGUCGUCGCUCUGCCUCUCUCGCACUCGUGGCACGCCCCGUGUGUGUUGGCGUGGGUGCCUGAGAGAGACAGAGCGACGGCAGACAGCACAGUACCGUCGUCUGCUAGGCAUAACAGAUCAGGUUAGGGAGCGUAAUAUUUGAAUAUUCCGUCUUGAAAUGACGAAAGGUGCAUACCAAACUGAUCCUUAGGCUUUCUGCUUUCCGAAAUAUGUGCGCGUUCGCCCGCAUUGGUUCACAAUAUGAAAUUUAGAGACAAAACAGCGAGUGUCAUCCGACCGGUCGACCGAUCUCCCGAUCGACCUCCCCCCUCGACUACCCUCGACCGACCGACCUCCCGAUGGACCUUUCCUUAAAAGAAUGCGCCCAGUCGUCACGUUGGAUCGGUCUCCAAACUGAGACUGCCCCCCCCCCCCUCUUCCCCUCGGGCCACGCGCACGCGCCUCCGCUACUAUUGUGGUGUGAAUAGUCGGUACUUCGUCUGCACCCCUUUGUGAAACUUACGCGUGAGGAGACGGAAGAACACAAUUAAACAACACCAUUUGGCUUUGUCUUCUUGAGAGACGACUCCUUUUACCUCAUGCAAGGAAACGGAAAUCUUAUCUUGGUUGGUUUUGCCUGUCCAUGGUAGUUGAAAAGAGCUACUUUGUAUAUUAUAGGUGUUGACAAGGUUAUGUUUUGAACAUCACUUGGUUUGUCUUGUCUUCACAAUGUUCCUUGUGAAGAGAUCUUUCGUUAAGACUUUAUCAACGUCACUGGCAAAUUUUUCUUCCAAGACCAACAAAUUUGAUCCAAGGUCACCCGAAUUGUCGCAACUUUUACAACCAUGGGACCGAGGCCAGACCAAAGCAAAGAAGAAAACAUUCUUGAAAUUUUUUGAUCAAGGAUUACGUCCGACAGACUUACUAAAGAUUCUUCAAACACCAAUUGACCUCAGAGCUUCAAAACUGAAGUCAUGGUGGCAGAAGAAACUCUUAGACCGAAAUCUUGAAAUUCAAGAAUACGAUGGUUUGCGAAAUGCCUCACUAGGAAGCGAUAUUUCCAUAGGACAUGCCCUUCUGCCUCUUGGAGUUGGCCUUCUCUACAAAGGGAAGCCAUGGAUGAAAGCAGAAGUGGGAUCAUGGAACAUACCGGAGGUUCCAGACACGCGAGAAGAUGAUUGGAUUUUGGAAGCUGUUGACUUUUCUGGGACUCCAAUUUGUUAUGAAGGACUUCUCAACUUUAAAAACUUAAGUAGUGUACAUACUAUUAAGGCUCAAAAUUGUCCUCAUCUUGAUGAUUGGUGCAUAGAUAUUCUUUGUUCAGAAGUACUAACUUUAGAGCAGUUGGAUGUGUCUGGCUGCAAAAAUAUUUCUCCCAAGGGCUUGAUACCGUUGACUCGUCUUCCAAAUCUACAGCGAAUUGAUUUGACGGAUUGUCCUGCUUUUGAAACCCAUGAUGGCGUGUUAAUGUGUAUUCUUCUUCAAGAAUUUAAUCCAAACCUCAAAAUUGAUGGUGUAGUCUAUCCUGAAAUCCCUGACAUGCAAAGUUCUGUAACAAAAGCUUGAUGUUUGUUUAUCUCAAUCAUUAAAAAAAUUAAACAUUGUUAAACUGCUUAAAACAUA